CAACGCCAUGGAAUUCGGUCCUCAUCGUGGACGGGCUCUACCUCGAGAGCCAAAACUGACGAGCCCCAAACAAUGGGAAGCAUAUAGGCAAUGCCUUUCCCUAGAGCGGUUGGAUGGAUGGGAUGUCCAUGUGUGCCUGAGCUUCAGAAGCAGAAGGAGUGCAUCACAGUGUCCAAACGUUCAGUCCACGCACGCCUAGUUGCACGUUUCCUCGGAUAUUGUUUGCUCGGGACUCCCAAUGAGCAAGGGCGUGACGCAUUGACCCGUGAGAUCAUCGAGUGCACGAACAAGCAGAGAAAUUGGCUGGGCUCGCCCAUUUGUACCUUUUUGGGCUAACUCGUGUACUUAUUUUACAAUCCCAAAGGCCCCACACCUUCACUGUCAAUGAGUCAGAGUCCCAUAGAUUCCUUCGGGCAAGCAGAGGAGAGGGUGGCUCCUAUGCUCCAACGGUCCUCGAUCCCCGAUAGCA